AUGCCGGGAGUUGUAGUCCUCGGCGCGGAGGCCGCGACGACGGCGGCGAUGGGCGGCCCGGGCUGUUCAGCGAAGAGGAGAUCCGCGGGGCGUUCGUGCCCCCGGCCCAGGCCAGAGCUUCCCUCCGACCCGCCGGGUCUCGGCGACGACGACGCCUCCGCCCGGACCCUACCGGCCCGCCGGGGCCGGCCGCGCAGGAGGGGGCGGACCUCCGCGCCCAGCGGCCAAUGGGAGCGGCGCCUGGCAUCCGGGGCGGGGCGGCCCCGGCCCGACGCCCCGAGUGGCGGUUGUUUCAAGAUGGCGGACGCGGCGCGCCCCUCCCGCGCCGGCGCCGCGGCGUUCUGGAGCCGAGACUUUUCUGAUGAAGAACAAUCAGUAGUAUAUGUGCCAGGGAUCUCUACAGAAGGAAAUAUCAGAUCAAGACACAAGUCAAUGAGUCCAAAAGCUAAUGUUAAAGUUAAGACUUCCAAGGUGACCGCUGCUUCAAUCUCCAUGGAGUCUUUAAAAGGUGCCGGAGAUUUCGUAAGUGAACAGAAUUUCUGCAAGGGAGGAAUGAAGAGUGCAUCAUUAAAGGAUUUAUGCCUUGAAGACAAAAGACGCAUUGCAAAUUUAAUUAAAGAACUGGCCAGAGUAAGCGAGGAAAAGGAAGUGACCGAAGAACGACUCAAAGCUGAGCAGGAAUCAUUUGAGAAGAAGAUCAGGCAGUUGGAAGAACAGAAUGAACUGAUCAUCAAAGAGAGGGAAGCUCUUCAGCUACAGUAUAGAGAAUGCCAAGAUCUUCUAAGCCUCUAUCAGAAAUAUCUAUCAGAACAGCAAGAGAAGCUCGCCGUGUCUCUCUCAGGGCUUGAUACUGCUAGGAUGCAGGAACAACAGGUUCUCAAUAGGAAGAGCACUCUCCCAUCUUCAUCUGUGGAACUGGAUGGUUCCUACUUGAGUGUAGCCAAACCACAAAUCUACCAUCAUACCAAGCAAAGGCCUAAAGACCAGGACUCAGCUUCAGAACCCUCUGUGGAGUUCAGAAACAAUUCUUUGAAACCAUCAGCCCUUCAUUAUCCCAAAGAGGCUCCUGACAUGAUGCCAUCAGAAACCAGAACAUGUGAUUAUGGGUCCCCAGGGAAAAAACUAACAGAGGUAGUCCCUACAGAGAAAGUUCCUCCAGAGGCAUUGAAGAUGAAGGAAUGCCAGCAUCUUAUGCCCACUUCGUCUAGACUAUGUUGUGCUGAUAGACUUUCUGAAAAUGCAGAUCAUGUUCCCGUUAGCCAUCCUACAGACAUGGCCCCUCAAUAUUCCAAGACACACCCGGAAUCAUGCCAUUAUUGUGGGCGUUCCUGGGCAUCUCUGAUGCAUGGCCAAGAGGUACUGCAGCCCAGUGAAAUUGAUUUCAAAAAGCAGCUAUCAGAAGAUAGAAGGCAGCAACUUAUGCUUCAAAAAAUGGAGCUGGAAAUUGAAAAGGAGCGCCUUCAGCAUCUGCUGGCCAAGCAGGAGACAAAGCUUCUCCUAAAACAGCAGCAGCUUCAUCAGUCUCGCCUGGACUACAAUUGGUUAAGAACUCAAGCUGUGUUUAACUCAAAGGAACUGAUUGCUGAUAACCAGCUUACUAAACCCAGAGAACUCAACCUGGAUAUGAAUGGUAGUGACUCUGGACCAAGUUUGUUGAAGUCAGCAUGUGAUGGUUGGCUGCUUGGAACAUCAUCAUCCAUCAAAAAGCAGCAAGAGUCCAGUAGCAGUGUAGAGACUAGAAGAGAGAAGAAGACAGUUGGGUUUCAGUCACCUAUGGAGCAGGAUGCCCUGUGGACGUGUCAAAAGACAGAUACAUAUCAACCCCAAAGAGGGACAGUGACAGGAGUUAGAAAAGAUGCGUCCACAUCUCCUAUGACAAUAGAACGCCAAAAGGACCUUUUAAGCUCAACCACAUCGUCAUUCCAACCCGAAUCCUCCCGAGAAGCAUAAAAAACGCUGAACAAGAAAAACCAAACAACAGAAAGUAAAACCACUGCAAGCACCAAGAACGAAACAAAAAUGAGCACAGCAAAAAAGAUCGUGGCAGCACAAAAGUCAAGAGAAUGCACGUGUGAUCAUGACUGGCCAAUCAUCAACUGAUACAACAUCCAAGAAAAACGCUCCAAUCACAGCACCUCCACGAAACUUGACGGCAAUUGUCAUGCAACCGAUUCUUAGCCUUGUUACAUGACGCCAUCAUGUCACACUGUGAACUUUGAGUUGAUUUGAACUUACGGAUGGGGGACUGUUUUCUCCACUCUCAUGUGAUUACGUGAACUUUAUUCCUAGCUCAGCGCGAGACUGUGGUGGAUUUGACUGGCUCUGGUUGGGUUGUUGGAAUUUGAUUGAAUGACAAAAGAAGAAAAGAUUUAUAUAUAUAUAUUUA